GGCAGUGCGCAUGCGCGAAACAAUUGAUUUUCCCGCUUUUUGACGUCAACCAAGAUGUCCGCUCGCACACAGCCUCAGUAUAAAACGGAAAUUUAACUUAAACCCCUCGUUUUACCGACAAAACUGUAGAUCUAAUCCUUAAGCCAAAAGUUGCAGUGAUAGUAACAAAUAUUAUAUUUUGAAUAGCGUUUUUGAAUAGUGUUGAAAGAAAGGAUUGUUAGAUCUUAGUCGCGAUCGGUAUGGCUUCAAAAUUUGGCAAAAAAGGAUUACUCCUGACAAUGGACGGGGCUGCACUUGUGAUUAUGAAGUUGUUUUGUAUAUUGCUGCUGGCGGGCAUCAGCCAGGGUCUGCAGCUGGAGAGCCAGGCGUCCACGCGGCGCCCCCGCGUCACCAAGUACAGCAAGACGACGGUCGCGCCGGGCGGGCCUACGGAGCCAGCCACAGAGCGGGCGCUGUCCACGGCCACCUACCGUCUCCAAGGUCCAGGGGGAGAGACUUGCAUCCUGCUGACGGUGGACGCGCUCAUCGACAUCUCCUAUGUGACCAAGCUUAAUGAGCGGGCGGACGCGAACACAUUCGUGCCGAACAGCGCUAAGGUGGACGGCACGUGCCGCGACGGCGACGCCGAGACCUUCGCGCUCAGCUUCAAGGAGUUCACGCUUGAGUGGACCUUCGAGAAGACACCUGGUGGAGAGCGUUGGUAUUGUGACAAUCUGAGGCUUACGUAUAACUCCAGCGCCAGAAUUCUAGAACACGCCGCUAAACAAGGUCGCAGAGUGACGUUAGCAGCGCAGUCCACACUGCUAUUCCCCACACCCGUCGGGAAGUCCUUCUUCUGUCCCGAGGAAACCGUCAUCGACCUAAUAGAAGGAGAUGCUACUAACACGGCGGGCCACCGCGCCAAGCUGUACCUGCGGCAGAUGCGGCUGCAGGCGUUCAUGUUCAAGCGCGACGGCGAGUUCGGACCGCCCUGGCACUGCUCCGACUCCGCUAGAGCCAGAUCUGAAACAGCCCCGGUGGCGGUGGGCGCGGCGCUGGCGCUGGCGACCGCCGGCACGCUGCUUGGGUACGCCGUCUGGAGAUACGUGAAGGUCAAGAAGGUGCAAUACGACACUAUGGAGUGAGCAGACCCACAGUGAGGGGACAGUAACAUCAUAACACAAGCAAAAUAACGUGUACAACUAAAUAAAUGAAGGAGUGAAUUAAAAAAGACGCUUUUAAAAUAAAAUUAAAUGGAACACCAGGAAGAAUUUGUUAAAAAAUAUAGUGUAGUAGCUGUUACAACAUGUAAUUUAUGUUACUUUCAGUAAAAUAAAUAUGUUACAGACAAAGUGUAAAAUGUAGGUAGGUAUUAAAAGUUGCAUGUAAUGUAGCUUUCGUGUAACCUGUGGUCGAACGUACGGUCAGCUGCAUAAGUAGAUAUACACUUGUGUACCUUGUCAAACUACAUAACCAACUGUCAAUGUUUGAAUAGGCAGUCUGUGAGUUUGACAAGGUACAAAUGUGUACAGCUACUUAAGCAGCUAACUGUAUCACCUAUUAUUCUUAUUAUUUUGAUUCAGCUUUAUAUUUUGUAUUUAUGGUUUUAUAAUGGUUAUGAUGUUUUCCGAAUGCGUAAUUUUAUAAAAACUAUUACCUAUGUUAUCAUGUCUGCAGUGUACGUUAUACGAUCUAACAUAUUAUAGGUAUUUGCUGAGGAAGUACUUAACUACUUACUUUACAUAAACGAAAAAGAUAUUCUGUCAACCAACAAAAACACAUACUGAAAUAAAUAGCUACUUUGAUAAGUAUAAUUCAAAUGUAAUAUUUCAGAUUUUAAGUAUAUUUUCAAAAUAAAGAAAAAUUGAAUCAUACAUAAAAUAAAUUGUGCCUAGUUUUAGGUAUAACGGGUUGCAUAGCAUUUGUUUCUGUAUUAAACGACCCCAAAUCACACUGUCGUGUUUAACGCAAAUCUGGAUAUAG